AAAACCAUUUGGCUUUUCGGCCGGAACCGCCAUCUUCCAGUAAUUUGCCAAAAUGACUAACACAAAGGGAAAGAGGAGAGGUACCCGUUACAUGUUCUCUAGGCCUUUUAGAAAACAUGGAGUUGUUCUUGCUACAUACAUGCGGAUCUACAAGAAAGGUGAUAUUGUAGAUAUCAAGGGAAUGGGCACUGUUCAGAAAGGAAUGCCCCACAAAUGUUACCAUGGCAAAACUGGAAGAGUCUACAAUGUCACCCAGCAUGCAGUGGGCAUUGUUGUAAACAAACAAGUUAAGGGCAAGAUUCUUGCCAAGAGAAUUAAUGUACGAAUUGAGCAUAUUAAGCACUUAAAGAGUCGAGGUAGCUUCCUAAAAUGUGUGAAGGAAAAUGAUCAGAAAAAGAAGGAAGCCAAAGAGAAAGGUACCUGGGUUCAGCUGAAGCGUCAGCCUGCUCCACCCAGAGAAGCACACUUUGUGAGAACUAAUGGGAAGGAGCCUGAGCUGUUGGAACCCAUUCCCUAUGAAUUCAUGGCAUGAUAAGUGUGGAAAAAAUAAAAGACUUCUAUACUGAUAAAAAAAAAAAA